GAAUGACCAGGGUUUUCGCUGUGAUAGGCAUCCUCCCACCUUCAACUGUCCAACCUCAUCAUAUUUGCCAGUGCCACAGCAUCACAGCUGGGCAUACCGAAGGACUUUCAUCUCCGCCAUUUCACAAUUCACUCGCUUCUCCAACUGUCAAAGAACUUUGAUUGUCUCAGCGGUCAGCUGCCUCGGCCACCACGCACCAACCAACAAACCCCUCCAUCCGAGACCAAUCUACCGCUGCCUUGACUGAUUCUACCGACAACUGAUCACGGAUCAAGAACAAGCUCUCAGACCUCGACAGAGAGGUUCCCUUUCAUUGACGCCAACAUGGAUUCUAUGAGAUCUCUCAACACCUCACUUCCCUCUACUCGGCCUGCACCUCCUGAGCAACUUCUCCAAGCUUUCCGAAACGCCGCCCUAUCGGUGACAAACUUGUAUAAGAGCGCUGUAACAGAUCAGGGAUCUGCUCGACAAGCUGGGUAUCAGGAAGCACUCGAGGAUCUGUUAAGCUUUUUAGAUCGGGAAAACCUGGGCCUGCAGGAUGGUGAAGGUUGGAGAGUAAGACAAUGGGCGACGGAACGAUAUGACGGAAGCGCCUCUCACCAACAGGGCACCGAGGAGGAUGACGAUCGCAGCGAAGUUGACCCAAGACCUCGAAGUGUUUCUCCGGUCAAAGAGGAGGGGUCUGCACCUUCAAUACCUAGUCGAACCGAAGCACCCAAGGUUGAGUCUUCCACACAGACAGAAGAAGCUUUGCCGUCGAGGGACUCGGAACAAACACCUCCUACACCUGUUUUCCAUUUCACUGGCAACAUGUCCUCGAACGAACCUGAGAACAUGCAAACCGACGAGACUGUACAAAGUGUCGACGGAGCUGAUAAUAAUACACCAUCUAGUUCAUCCGGUCCUGCUAUCCGGUUAGAGCUUUUGAACAACUACGGCAGUCGAACUCCUCAUCGACACGGUGGCCAACGGAAUGGAACUCGACCCAACAAUCGAGAAUUCACCUUCACGUCAGGCACCAAACGUAAAUUACAAUUUCCCGACUUUUUUGACAUUUCCAACAUCGGACCGAGGGACAGCUUUGGCGGUGGUGCCGGCAGCAACAAACGGGGCCGGCUAUCAUAAAGUUUCAUCCCUCAGGUCAAGUAGACAAAUUUUUGCUUUGAGAAACGCAACGCAACGCAUUUUCUGAAGUUCAGAGCGAAUCUCUAGUAUCCGACAUGAUAUGGGGACUGGGAAGGGGGAGGCAUUGUUCACGACGACAUGAUCAACAGCAUAGCGUAUUCUGUUCAUUAACAUGCAUCAACAUCAAUCAUCAUAUAUCUGUCAGCUCAUGUUUGAGCAACUCUUGGCACUUCGGGGGUGGUUUAUUUGGGUCGGACAGUACCCUAACCUACUUUACCUAGAAUAUUACGAAUGAGGGUUUUGUUUUUCAAUCACCUGGGUUUAGCCACGUAGGUACCGGUUCCUUUCUUGCCUACCUAGAUAGGGAUCCUCGAGCCUAGACGCAAGAUACUAGGUAGACUUGAUAACAGUUGACCUCGUUUGAAACACCACACAGAGCCUUCAUUGGGUCUCUUGUCGGCAUUAAUAAUUGAUGUGUUUUAACCAGUACUCAAUAUUUG